AUGAGGUCUGCGACCAUCUUCCUAGCCACCACCGCUGCAUACGCCUUCCAGCUGCCGUUCAACCUCCCCUUCUUCUCCUCCGCCUCCCAGACCCCUCUCGUCGCUCCACCGCAGGAGGUGCAUGAUGCAGCCGUGCCCAACCGCAUUGCUAUCAUUGGUGCAGGUGCUGCGGGCUCUUCUGCCGCGUUCUGGAUCUCCAAGGCGAAAGAACGGUAUGGGGUCGACGUAGAGGUGGAUGUAUAUGACAAGAACGCUUGGGUCGGAGGACGUGACACCACUGUGCAGCCGUACGACGACGAGUCGGCAAUGCCCCAUGAGCUCGGCGCGUCCAUCUUUGUCAAGAUCAACAAGAACAUAUGGCGCGCCGUCGACGAGUUCGGUCUCGAACGUGUCAAUUUUGAGGACGAGGACGACGUGAUGGGUCUGUGGAACGGCCAGGAAUUCGUACUCUCGACCGGCGGCGGAGGGUUUCUCAAUGGCUGGAUGGACAAGAUCAAAAUCCUCUGGAGGUACGGCUACCACGCUCCUACGAAGACACAAGAACUCGUUGGAGCAAUGGCCGACAAGUUCGCCCGUCUGUACAAGCCGAACACUCCUCACUGGACGAACAUCUCCUCGGUCUCAGAUACUCUGGAGUUCAGUCCACUUGUGGCUCAGACCACUGCUGAAUACCUCGACCUCCAGGGUGUGAACAAGCUUUGGUCCAGGGAGCUUGUGGAGGCGGCUACUAGGGUCAACUACGGUCAAGACGUGGAUAAGAUCCACGCCCUUGAGGGCAUGUGCUCUCUAGCGGCCUACAGUGCAUCGAGCGUGAAGGGCGGAAACUGGCAAGUCUUCGACCACUUCCUUAAGCAUUCGAAAGCGAACCUUUUCCGUGAGACGACUGUCAAGUCUGUCCUUCGCACAUCGUCGGGCUGGCUCGUCCACUCCACCCUGUCCGACGUUCCCCGCGCCUACCGCACCGUCGUUCUCGCUGCCCCCUACCACCAAACCGGCAUCUCCUUCUCCGCUGAGCCCUCGCUCGCACAUGUCCCUUGGCAACCGUACGUGCACCUCCACGUCACACUCCUCAGCACGUCAUCACCCGCACCCAAUCCUGCAUACUUCAAUCUGCGCCCCGGGUCCAAGACACCGAGCACUAUCUUGACGACAUACGACGGUGUCCGUCAUGGCGGCCCCGAGCCCGAGUUUAACUCGGUGUCAUACCACGGCCCGCUGAUGAUGAAGAACGGAGAGCGUCGCGUGAACGCCCAGGGAGAGCAGGAGUGGACGGUGAAGGUGUUCUCGAAGAAGCGGGUUGACGACAAGUGGCUGAAGGAGAUGUUCGAGGGCAAGGUCGGGUGGGUGUAUCGCCACGAGUUCGACGCGUACCCGGUGCUGCCCCCCACUACGACAUUCCCUCCGGUCAAGCUCGCGGAGGGGCUGUACUACGUCAACGCCUUUGAGCCGCUAAUUUCGACCAUGGAGACGGAGACCAUCGCCGCUCGCAACGUGGUAGAACUUCUCAUGAAGGAACAGUUCGAUGCCGGCCUCUGCAAGGCGGAAGAUGUCGAAAAAUCUAUGGCCGACGGCAAGUUGGACGAUGACGAUUACGUGUACGGCUGGGACUGCUAG